CUUUUAAAAAAAAGUGAAAUGUUCCUUAAACCCUUUUUCUGUCUGCUCUUAAUGUUUUACACACAGGAGCAGAGAUAUUACAAUAUUUACAAAAAGAAAAAAAAUAAUAAAUAAAAACCGAACAACUUUUACCAAUGACUACUUCAUGACGCUGAGAGAAACUGUUUUGUGUUCCUGAAGUGACUGACAUUUGAGGCUGUUGUGCAGCACAAACGCAGCUGUUGCAUGUGGAUGUGUGUGCAUGGGUCUUUCUCGACGUACCAACUUAUGAUAGUCACCCUCUGGUCUACCCUGAGAUCCUGGCAGGAAAUAGGCCAGAAUGACUCUUCAGUGGACGGCAGUGGCUUUUUUUCUUUAUGUACAGAUAGCCUUCAACAUCAUCCUGUGUGUCCCAUUCAUAUCACCACAAAGAUGGUGUUUGAUUUUUAGUUGGAGAAUAUGGAAGUGGUUAUCACAUUACUGGAACAAGUGCUUCUUCACCAUAAUCAUGGUUCUCAUAGUUCUUUUCCUCGUAGACGAGUCUGGAGGUGAUGAAGGGAUGGAUGAGUGUUUCUACAGCAGUGAAGAUGCCGCUCGUGAAGUACACAAGUACUCAUGCCCCGAACCCAUGCAAGAGGAUACGGUGAACUCCAAUCUCUUCGAUCAUUUUUACAUGAGGCUUUUCAGAGCUCAGAGGAACGUCUACAUCACAGGCUUCUCACUUUUCCAGUGGCUUAUUAUGUGGCGGAUCAUCAUCUUGCUGAAGAAGGUGGCUCUAGCUAUAGAGAAUAAUGCAGGUCUCCAGGCGCAGAUGGAGAAUGCUGCCAAAGCUGCCGAACAGCAUCAAGAGGAAAACCGUCGACUCAAACAAACUCUUGUAGAUGAGGAAAAAGUAAUUUCGGAAGACAUUCUGCAGCUAAAGCUUGAAGUUGAGAGCCUCUCAAGUCAGUUGGAAACAGCAGAAACUGCAGUCCGCAAGUCCCACGCUGAAGUUGAGGCCAUGAAGAUGCAGAUCAAGGAUCUGGCCAAGGAAUACGAACGACUGUUGAGCGAGCAUCAUCAGCUCCAGAAUCUUCAGAGUGCAGCAGACGAAAAGAUCCAAUGAUCAACAUGACAGGAUGCCGUCAGCUCAUCAAUAUAUUAUGGAAAAUCGACUUUUUUUGUCCUUGUAUAUAGAGUGGUACUGGCAGUGGCGGAACAAAUGUGAACAGGGCCCGGGUGCAGUGAGCAUAAAUGGGACCCCCCCCCCCCCCCCUCUAGUGGACGUCCGAUGGGGAUGGGGGGGGGGGGCUACCUUUCUGUUUGACCAUCUGUUCGCCCAACCAUGCCCACUUUACGUCCGCAAACCGGGCCCCUUAGAGACCCAGGCCCAGGUGUGGGCACAUUCCAUAAGUUCCGCCUUUGGCAAAGGCGUAGGUUUGGUCUCAACAUUGGUAGGGACGGUAUAACAGCAUAACCUCUAUGUACACUUUUUGCUGGCGAUUGGACAUUAAUAAGACCAAACAGAUUGGGUGAACGGGGGUCAGGGCUACAUUUGUCACGGAUAUAAACCUAAGUCAUUGAUAGGCUAAAUGAUCAAUGAUAAUAAAUCUGUAUUGACUUAUACUAACUUGCAUGUGUAUUGGUCAGGUGAUACACCAUAUGAUUCAAACCUUUGUUUUAAAAAACAACUAAAGAAACAUUUUGAAAACUUCCAGAAUAAAUGUCUGGAUUUUAUUAGCAAAUUUAAAUAGCAAUAUUUGAAUAUAGAUUAUAUUAACAUACUUACAUACAUACUUUUUACCUUGACUAUGAUUAAUGUAUGAUUAUCUGAAAAAAUGUCUGCAUAGACUGCAAGUAAAAAAAUAUCCUAAAUAAUGUAGAAAACAUUUCAACAAGUCAUCAGCCAAUCAAAUGUGCAUUGAGGGGGAAAAAUGGACCAGAAUAUUCAGCAAGUGAAAAGAAGUAAAUGUAUGUCUUAAAAUAAUGAAAAUAAUUCACUUAAUAAUGGUAGGGUCAAUUCUAUCCUUAAAGCAUUUGGGAAGACAAAAUUACCUUUACAACUGGACUCAUUACUAUAUGCAAAUAAAGUUUCUUAAAAGUUGGUGGGGACAAUAUGAUCAUCCUGAAAAGUUAGUAGUGCUAUGUCCCUACCGUCCCUAUGCAAACCUACGCCAUUGGCCAUUGGGUACCGGUAUCUUAACUUAUGAGUGCUCCAACUUGGGAAUUAUUGCACCUGCUGUUUGGCUUUGUGUUUUUUUAAGCCAAAGUGUAAUUUAUGAGUAAAUUUAGGGGGGCAAACUUCAGGAGGGGAUUAUGAGUAAUUAAAGUAUCCAAAUACGCUUCCCCAGUCGCUAAUGCAUUUACAACAAAUACAAAAGGCAAUUUGGUGCUGCAGGCCAUAACUCAGGCAGUGGCUGGAUUGGAUUCAGGCUAGGGCGUAGGUUUGGUCUCAACAUUGGUAGGGACGAUAUUAUUGUAAUGCAUAAAGUGCAAACAAUGAUCCAAAUAAGGGACGGCUAGCUUGACUUCGUUGUUCCUUGUGGAGGCCGGCCUGACCACAGUAGUUUUGCAGGUUAGCAAGUUUAAUGUUAUGCUAACUCUGAUGCGGGUCAGACUUUCAGUAGCAAAAUUAGUGGUGUUUUCCCCACUUCCACGACAUUGACGUCUUUUUACGUGACUUGCAGAGGCUGCUAACAGCCCAAAAAUAAGCUUCUAAUAUCCCUCCUCUCCGAAGAGGGUGGAGGAUGCCGCAUGUUGUCAGCAUGAAUCUGUUGGGGCUGUGUGAGUAUGUGUGUAUGUGUCUUUGUGGCUGGACGGGAGCACUUGAACUCAUCUGCCAACCGUGUGUAUGUGUCUGUGUGGCUGGACGGGAGCACUUGAACUCAUCUGCCAACCAACGUUUGGGGUGGAGGGGGGAGGAGUGGCACAUUCAGUAAGUGAAAAGGGAUAAAUGUAAGUCUCAAUAUAAUGAAAAUAAUUCACUUAAUAAUGGUAGGGUCUAUACUGUCAUGACAACAUAUGGGAAGACAAUCUAAAUUACCUAUAUACCUGAACUCUUUAUAUAAUCCAAAUAAGUUUGCUUAAAAGUUGGUGGGGAUAAUUUGAGCAUCCUGAAAAGUUGGUAGUGUUAUGUCCCUAUCAUCCCUAUGCAAACCUACGCCCUUGGAUUCACACACUUUAAAUGUUUUUUUUCUAUGAAUUAAGCCAGUUGAUCCCAUGACAAAUGGCAAACAUUGAGUGUAAAA